AUGACUGAUCUCAACGACCGCCUAGAGAAGCUGCAGCGGCUUCUAGGCCAGGGCGUGAAGCUUGUGGAUAAGCCGCAAGACGAUGAACAAGACGACAGCGAUAAAAACCCCACCAAAAGUCAAGGAAUGUCUACGAGCGAACAGUGGAUGGAAGAGCAGAGACUGGCCGCAAGGAAAGACAAUCUUCCUACUGUGCAGCAGUUGCAAGCCGAUGCAUACGCCACCAAAAAAGCCGAGAUCGCAGCCAAGAAAGCAGAGGCCUUUGACAACUCCAAGUUUCGCAUCGGCGAACCUGUCGACAAAGAUUUCGCCUUCUGCCCUUUCAAAAUUGUGGUAUCAUACCCUGAGCGAUUCAUCGGCAAGAUCAACAAGCCUCGUGCGAAGCCCUACUUUACCAGAAUUCUUUUCGAAAGAACUUGGGACUUCUUCUAUCUUCACGACCCAGUAGAGCCUACCAGAGACCCUUACCUGUUGAUCCCAUCCGCUCAGUUCGAAGUGUUCCUCGAAGAAGUCAACCACGAUCUGGACACUUCCCUCAGAAUCCCUUCAGGCUGCAACACUGACAAAUUCUAUCUCAAGUUUGGUGAAGGAGACACUCCACGCCCUCGGUACCUGCGACGAUCUGAGGAGGAGACUUCCCUUGACGUUCGGCCAUGGCCCACCAUUCAUCCCAAUGAUAUCAAUGCCUUCGAGGCGGCAACUCCCAAGGAGAAGUUAGCCUGGAGAUCCAAGAUGCGAGUCGUUAAGACCGGCUUUACCCCAAAGAAUGGGGCAGACCCGGAAAAGGCUGCGAAGAAGAAGAGACACAGAGAUCAGAUGCUUCGCAACACGCUGAGCUAUCUUGGUCUUCUAGGAGAUCCUGAUGGCCAUGACAUCGUCUUCAUCUGUGUUGACGUUGAGGCCAUCGAACAGCGACCAAAUCCUAUUUCUGAGAUCGGCUUCGCUAUUCUUGAUACCCGAGACAUCAAAGGUGUUGACCCUGGGGUUGUUGGUCGUGGUUGGUGGCCCAAGAUCAAGGCCCAUCAUCUACGGGUCUAUGAGUAUGCUGGUCUGCGAAACUACAGAUUCGUCAAGGGGUGUCCUGAUUAUUUCGACUUUGGAAUGAGCACUUUCCCUCGUGAGUCGCAAGUUGGAGAAGCCAUCAUGAGCAUCUUAACUCCAUUCAUUGACGCUGAACGAAACGUCAUCGUCGUCGGACACGAUGUGAAACAAGACAUCAAGUACUUCAAUGAAUUGGGCAUAGACCUGCGACUUCUUGCAGGACUUAUUGAACCCGUCGACACCCAGGAGAUCCAUCAAGCCUGGUCCGGCUCAACCAACGGAAGAAGUCUAAUCACACUGCUCAACGACCUAAAUAUCCAGAGCAGGAAUCUGCACAAUGCAGGAAACGAUGCUUACUACACCAUCUGCGCUAUGAUUGGAAUUGCGCUGCAAGAAGCUUGCGGAGACGAAGAGCAGGGCAACGAAAUGCUCAACAAUAUUGACUGA